UACGUCAGUUAUGUGCGCCCGUAGCUCUGUUUUGCUCCCUUGACGCGCAUGACACCAAACCAACGUGGCUUUUGCUUGAGAAUAACUUUUUUUUUAAAGGUAUUACGUGUAGUUACACGUUCAUUAGAUAAAAUCGUUUCAUGCAAACAGCGGGAAGAGUUCCUCUGACACGUAGGUCAACUCGUUUUGCUGCCUGAGAAACAAACUCGUGAGUAGCUCAGACAUCAUAUAGGACUAUAGGUUAGCUCUCUGAUAGCAAAGAAGUGCGCUCGAAAGAUUUUUCAUCUCCAGCAGCGGUUUACAAAGGUGUGCGUUUUUCUAACAGGACACACAGAAACAUGUUUAAUGAGGAUGAAGACUGGAAUGAUGAACAAGAGGCUCAAGUUUUGAGUAAACCUGCCCUCAGUAACACCAAGAAGACAAGCAGUGGCAUCAAUGUGAAGCCCAAGGUUGUGGGUAAAAGCAGCCUGAUGCGGACACUGAAGACUUUGGGGCCAGUACCAGAGUGGAAGAGCGACAACCAUAAACAGGACAGUGAUGAAGACUCCGAAGAAGCUCCAUCAAACAUUAGGACAAAGAAGAAGAGAAGAAAAAAGAGAAAACUUGCAGAAAAACCAGAGGAGCAGCAAGAGAACACAGACCAGAUCCUAAAGGAGGAGAAACCUGCACCAAAAAAGAGGAAGAAAAACAAUAAAGCUGGAUCUUCAAAGGCAAAUGGCACAUCUUCAGGGGAGGAGAAGAAUAAAGAAAUGACUGAAUUGCUGGUGAAUGUAAACAAUCCACAGAACACAGAAAAGAUCAGUAGAAAACAGUGGAAAAACAAAAUGAAGAAUAAGAGGAAAUGUAAAAAUAAAUACCGCCAGAAACAGCCUGAGGAGGAAGUAAAUAAAGCAAAGUCUGUGGGUAAACACGAACUUAAGGAAGUAGUUAAACCUGAUUCACAUAGCAACGGCAACACUGGCAAAAACAAUCAAAAAAAGAAGAAGAAAAAUCAGAAACACCCUGAGGAGGCGAGUAAUGAGAAAGAAACAAAGUGUGUCCCAGUUCAAAAAUGUGUGCCUGAAUUUUCUGCUGAUGGAUCAGAACAGAAAACAUGUGAACCUGCAGUGGAGAUUAAAGUUAAUCAGCAGCAGUUCCCCAUGAAAAGACUGAAACCUGAGCAGAGCAAAGCUCAGAGUCUGAAAAGACAGAAGCUGCAGAGGAUGCUGCACAACCAGGAGACGGAGCACCACGAGACUCCUGCAGAGCAGGAAGAUAAGCCGGCAGCGUCAGAGGAAGAGGUGAAACAAGACCGCUCUGCCUCCCUCAGGUCCCGGAUGGAGCAGCGGUUGGAGGCCGCUCGUUUCCGCUACAUUAACGAAGUUUUGUACAGCACGUCCAGCGGUGAGGCCAAGCGUAUGUUCAAGCAGGACCCACAGGCUUUCUGGAUCUACCACAAAGGUUACACGGCUCAGGUUCAGAGGUGGCCCGCCAAUCCAGUGGACGCCAUCAUCUCUUACAUUCAGAAAAAACCUUCCUCUCUCGUGGUUGCCGACUUUGGUUGCGGUGACUGUAAAAUAGCGCGCAGCGUGAAGAACAAAGUUCAUAGCUUUGACCUGGCAGCCACCUGUGAGCUGGUUACGGUCUGUGACAUGGCCCACGUGCCUCUUAAUGACGGCUCUGUGGACCUCGCUGUGUUUUGUCUGUCCCUCAUGGGGACCAACCUGGCGGACUUUUUAGCAGAGGCCAAUCGAGUGCUAAAAAAGAGAGGAGUCCUUAAAAUAGCAGAAGUGGCAAGCAGAUUCGACAACGUGCGAAACUUCAUCACUGCACUGUCAAGUCUUGGAUUCAAGAUGGUGUCGAAGGACACAGAAAAUAGUCAUUUCUACUCCUUUGAAUUUGUGAAGACGGGAAAGGCUCCAGAAAAUCUGAAGAAAGUUGGGCUGCAGUUGAAGCCUUGUGUUUAUAAGAAGAGAUGAAGAUGUAAUAGGAAUUCAUAAAAUAACUUCUCUGUGCAUCAGUACAUAACUGGACAAUGCUUCAUGGAGUCACAGUUAAUAUACACUUAAAUGUAUCAUAUUUUUUGGUAUAUUUUUGAUACCAAAAACAGAGGUCUGUUUAUCAGUAUCAACGUGGAUGCACAGUUUCUCAGCACACAAUGCACAGAUCAUUGAUUGUAUGGUAUACUCAAAUACUGUAAAUAAGAAAUGUAUUUACAGUCCUGGAGUAAGUCACUGUGUUGGGUACAAAAUCAAAAAUAGCCUGGCGACAGUUUUCUAAGAGAACUCUGUAAGUGCUACAAUUGCUGUUGGAAAACCUUUAAAAGUCUUUAAAAAUAUAAACUUUUAAAAAUAAUUGUGUGUGAUGUCUGUGAUCCUUCAGACUCAACAUUUCAUUCCCUAACCCUAUUACAAUUACUGUAUAUGAACAAACAAUUGACUCCAUUAUUAUUUUCCACAAGAGGGCAUAACAGUGCUGCAGAGAAGCUGCAGUUCAGUCUAUUUACAGCUGAAUCACACAUAGUACAGAAAUGUAUUUAUAGCUUCACUCCUUUUGUCAUAGCAGAUGGUCCUGACUAAUUAAGCAUUGCAAAGACACUAGAAGGACUUUUUUUCAUGUUGGAGCAGUGUGACAGUCAUCAGUAUGUGGGACUAUUUGCUGUGCUUGUAAUGAGUUUGUUAAAAAUGUAAGAAGUUAAAGAUGAAAGAUAUUUACUUUGGAAUCACUUUAUUGACAGAUCAAAAAUAUACAUCUGAAAAUAAACUGUAAUAAUGAAAAAUUCAAGUAAGAUUUUUGUUUUUUUUCUAAAAGUGCAAAUUUUAUGCAUUUGAAUAAAAAAGCCAGCAAGUGCCCCAAACUGCAGUUCCUAAGUGCUGUUGAAGCUAGCUCCAAAAGGGAGUGGCUCAUGUUGAAAUAUUUACAGGAUGGUGAAAAAACCCCAGUUUUGAUUUCUACGGAUGCUUUUCCCUUUCAUAACAACUCAAGGGUGGAUGCAUUUUGCAUUUAAUUUUUGUAUUUAAUUGUUUUAAAUAAGUCAUCCAUCUUAUUACCUUGUGUGUGUCUGCAGACGUAGUUGUAACCUGUUCCGUUACAGAACUGGACUUUUUGUGCUGUCUAGUAUUAUGGCCUG